AUGGGCCGGGCUCGGGAAGUGGGUUGGAUGGCCGCAGGACUGAUGAUUGGGGCUGGUGCCUGCUACUGCGUUUACAAACUAACCAUAGGAAGAGAUGACAGUGAGAAGUUGGAGGAGGAGGAAGAGGAAUGGGAUGAUGAGCAGGAACUGGAUGACGAGGAAUGCGAGAUUUGGUUUGAUUUGACAACUAUGGCACGGCCCUGGAGUGAGGACGGGGACUGGACUGAACCUGGGGAACCCGGUGGUGCCGAGGACAGACCUUCAGGUGGGGGCAAAGCCAGUCGAACAUACCUGAUAAAACAGCGCCCGUUCCCUUAUGAACGCAAAAAUACUUGGAGUGCUCAGAGCUUUAAAAAUUUCAGUUGUGCUCUUGGCCUCUCCAAGGGCCCUUUCAUUCAGGGAAAAGUGUUGUUAGCUGAGCCCAAGGAUGCCAGUUUUUCACUUAGCCGUGAUAUCAACAGUGAUUUGGCCAGCCUCUCCAUUGCUGGAAACACAAUCCCGACUCCCGACCCUGCUGUUGAGGAGGGAAAGGCUUUGUGUGCCCCGGAUAACUUGAAUGCCAGUGUUGAAAAUCAGGGCCAGAUGAAGAUGUGCAUCAGCCAAGUGUGUCGGGAGACUGUGUCACUUUGCUGCAGCUCAUUUCUGCAGCAGGCUGGAUUAAAUUUGUUAACAAGCAUGACAGUUAUUAAUAACAUGCUUGCCAAGUCCGUUUCAGGCUUGAUGUUUCCUUUGAUACCAGAGGGAAGUGAAUGUGCUGAGGGGCAGGUUGUGAAACCCCUGACGGGUUUGUCUGAAAAGCCAGCCUUGUCAGGGGAGUUGCUGAGAGCCCAAGCGCUAUGCCCCUUCCUGCCCCUCUUUAUCAGGAACACAAACAGACAGCUUCUCUCAGAAACCCUGGCCUCUUAA